AUGGCGCCUUCUCAGCUCAAACAGCUCAAGGCCUCUCUUCGUGAGAGCGGGCUGAUUGGGCCUCCGCAGUCCAAGAAGAAGCGACGGCAAAAUGCGAAGUCCGGUGCCAGUGCGCAGGCCCGAAUCCAGCGCGCUGCAGCUCUACAACAAAUCCGCGAACGCUUCAAUCCCUUUGAUGUUAAGGCACCGGUAAAAGGCGUCAAGUUCGAUGUGACAACUAAGGAUGGCCCAUCUAUAAAAGCUGGAACUGCGGGUUAUGUGAGACCGGCUGUGACCAAGUCACUGGGAGAAGAGCGGAGACGUGAAACGCUUCUCAAGGAGCUACAUUCGCGAAACAAAGUCGGUGGUAUUUUGGAUCGCAGAUUUGGUGAAAAUGACCCGACCAUGACUCCCGAGGAGAAGGCCGCCGAGCGGUUUGCUCGGGAGAGCCAAAGGAAAUUCAGGAAGGAGUCGAUGUUCAAUCUGGAAGAGGACGAGGAAGAGGAGGUUCAACUUACACACAAGGGGCAAUCCAUUUCCUUUGAUGACGAGGCGGUAAAAGACGACUUCCAUGAAGAUGAUCUUGAAGCAUCCGACAGCGAUCUCUCGGAAAGCGAGCAGAAUCGCAAGCGGAAACGUGCAUCUGCCGAUGAUGAUAGCGACGAUAUGGAAGGUCUUGCUCCUGAAGGAGAAGACGAAGAAGAACCACAGCGGAAAAAGUCAAAGGCGGAGGUUUAUAAGGAGAUCAUCGCCAAGUCCAAGUUCUACAGAGCCGAGCGAAAGAAGGCUAAGGAAGACGAUGCUGAAUUGCGGCACCAGCUUGACAAGGGCCUUCCUGAUCUUUUUGAGGCGAUGCGUGGUACCAAACCGCCUCAGCCGGAGCCCCCGAAGGAGGAUCCCUCCGCGUCGUUGAAACCUGAUCCUGCAGCGCCCUUACAAGGCAAGGAUAAGGAUGCCGCAGAUAAAGAAUAUGAUCGACGGCUCAAGCAAAUGGCAUUUGAUAAGCGGUCCCAACCGGCGGAUCGUACAAAGACGGAAGAGGAAAAGGCAAAGGAGGAGGCCGAACGAUUGAAAGCCCUCGAGGAGGAACGUCUUCGGCGAAUGCGCGGCGAGGAAGAGAGCGACUCAGAGGCUGAGGCCGAUGGGGAUCAGUCAGAGGAGGAGUCGGUACCGGACGAUGCCAAGGCUUUUGGUCUCUCUCAGCCUGCCAACGGGAUUCAUACGCGCCCAGAACAUGGCGUCGAGGACGAGGACGAUUUCAUUAUUGACGGAGAUCUUGUGGACAUGGAGUCCAGGUCUAGCGCCUCAUUUAUUCAGAGUGAUGAAGACCUUUCAGAGCAGGACGAGGAGUCGGAACAGGAGCAAGAAGAAGAAGAAGGUGAUGAGGAUGAAGAUGAAGAUGAUGAAAUGAUCAAUGAUCUGAUUCAGCCAACUGACGACGCCACUAAAACAAGUUCAGCUCCAGCUGAACGUUCCGACACAGCGAAUGGCCACUUGGCGUAUACAUACCCUUGUCCGGAGAGCCAUCAAAACUUCCUUGAGAUCAUCAAAGAUGUUGCAAUCCAGGAUCUGCCGCUUGUCAUUCAAAGAAUUCGAGCGCUGCAUCACCCUCGUUUGCACAGCGAUAACAAGGCAAAGCUAGCCCGGUUCUCUGCCAUCCUCGUUGAACAUGUGGCAUACUUGGCGAAUAGGAAAGAGCGUGCCCCAUUUGCCAUAUUGGAAAAUCUGCUGCGGCAUAUCCAUUCCAUGGCAAAAAGCAACAGUGAAGCCGUGGCCAAAGCAUUCCGAGCUCACCUCCGUACCAUGUCUGCCGAACGACCAUUGAAUUUAUCACCGGCAGAUCUAGUUAUCUUGACUGGGGUUCUGACUAUUUUCCCGACAUCAGACCACUUCCAUGCUGUCGUGACGCCGGCAAACCUCUCUCUUGCUCGAUACCUGGGUCAAAGUACUGUUAAUGAUCUCUCUGACCUAGCUACCGGGGCCUACGCUGCCACUUUGGUUGUGCAGUACCAAAGCUUUGCGAAGAGAUAUAUGCCGGAAUUCAUGAACUAUUGCCUGAACGCGCUGUGCAUACUUUCGCCAUCGGCGGUAAAGGAGAACUUGGGGCCUGUCUUGUUGCGACAACCCGAGAAAUCCCUGCGGCUGAACGGUGCAACAGGGGCCACGCUCAGAAAACCCCAAUUCUGGGAUGUUCUCGCGAAAGAUCUCUCCCCACAGGCCGCGGAGGAGCUCAAAGUUAGUCUGGUUGGGACCUUUAUCUCCCUUCUCGACUAUGCUGCCGAUUUAUGGAGCGCCAAAUCCGCGUUCCAUGAGAUAUUCGAACCGGCCCGAACCGUUCUCGGGCAUCUGAGACGUACCUGUGCGAAACGAGUCCCAACCGUGUUGGAGGAUCAGAUCGUGUCUACUCUCGACAAGUUCGAUAAGCUUUCUUCCCAGGCACGACUGGCACGACGUCCUCUUCUGCUGCAUAACCACCGUCCGCUCGCCAUCAAGACGGCGAUCCCCAAGUUCGAGGAGGACUUCAACCCGGACCGGCACUACGACCCGAACCGCGAGCGCGCGGAGAUCAACAAGCUCAAGGCAGAGUACAAGCGCGAACGCAAGGGCGCCCUGCGGGAGCUUCGCAAGGACGCCAAUUUCCUUGCGCGGGAGGCCCUUCGCGAGAAGAAGGAGCGCGAUGCGGAGUACGAGAAGAAGUUCAAACGCCUCAUUGCCGAGAUCCAGGGGGAAGAAGGGAGAGAGAAAAAUGCCUACGAGAGGGAGAAGAGAUGGAGACAAGGGAAGCGAUAA